AUGGGCAAGCCGAAAGAGGAUGAAAUUCCGCUUUUGGAGCCAAACCACUAUGGGCGAAAAAACGGCUUCAACAGGCAGCGAAUUCGACCGACUUUGACGCUGCCGUUGAAGAAAGACUAUGAAUCGAUCAAGUACAAAAUUCAGGCAGAAGACAGUCUUGAUUCAAUCGCGCUACGAUUCGCAGUCGGAAAGGAAGAGCUAAAACGAGCAAACAACCUUUUCAGCGACGACGAGCUGAUAACAAGAAGAGAGCUUUCAAUUCCUGAUCGACGGAUAACUGAGCUGGAAGGGUUGAAGCAGGCUGAAACGAGUUCUGUAGCCAGUGCAGCUGCUUCUGGAGGAUCAAGUCCAGUUGGUGAUGCUUCUGAAUUGCUUGCUAGAAUUCAAAAGUCAACGACUGAGACUGCUUCAAAAAUGAACGACAUCCGAAUAGAGCUUCCAAAAACCGAAGCCGAACUUCGAAACGAGCGAGAAUCCCUGCUCGAUGGAAUGUUCGGAGCUUCCGAGCAAGCUGCAACUGCAGAACUAGCCCUUCAAGCUAGGUAUCCCCGCCGCGACAUAGUCUUCUCAGUUUUGUGCCUCGUUACAGUUGCUGUCGGCAUACCAGUUUUAAUUUAUUACAACCUGGCGAUUCUUCAUAUGCAUAUUGAGCCAUAA